AUGUCUGACGUUGGCCCUCCCAUCGAGCUGCCCGUGCUGGACAUCUCCAACCCCCUCGAUCCGGAGGCGGGGAAGGCCCUUCUGGCAGCUGCCACCAAGUAUGGCUUUUUGUAUGUCGACAGCCGAGGGACCGACUUUACGACCGCGGAGGUGGAUCGUGCAUUUGAACUGUCCAAGAAGUUCUUCGCAUCCCCGGUUGAAGAAAAGGCCGCUUGUCGCAUUGAACCCAACAAAUCAACAUCUAAUCCUCCUCAGAACCGCGGCUGGUCUGGCAUGCACUCCGAGACCCUGGAUCCGGAGCAUCAGCGAGUAAGCAUACAUUCACCAUCUAUCAACAUAGUAUACCAAUCACUAACCACGCCCCCACAGACCGGCGAUUUCAAAGAAGCCUUCAACUUCGGCGAAUUCACCAACAACAACAAAGCCCAACAACCCCUCCCGGCAUCCCUAAUCCCCCACGAAACCGAAAUCGCCCAAUUCGCCUCUCUCUGCAACAAAACCUGCACUCGGAUCCUAACCCUCCUGGCGCUGGGACUCGGCAUCCCCCCCACCUUCUUCACCACCCGCCACGACCCCACCACGGGCCCAACAGGCAGCAUCCUGCGCUACCUCUUCUACCCCAGCAUAACCUCCCCAUUGACCUCAACCUACUCACACAAAACCGACGUCCGGGCCGGCGCCCACAGCGACUACGGCUCCAUCACGCUGUUGUUCCAGCGCCCGGGACAGCCAGGAUUGGAGAUUCUCACUCCAGAUGGGGCAGGGUGGGCGCCUGUUCCUGUAAUCCCUAGGUCUUCUUCUUCUUCUUCUACAAGCUUAGAAGGGAGCGAAUACCCGUUCCCGCCCAUCCUCGUCAACAUCGGCGACUUACUCAGUUACUGGACGGACGGAUUGCUCAAGAGUACAGUGCACAGGGUGGUAUUCCCCGUGUCGGAGCAGCAGAGGCCCAACGCGCAGGAUCGGUAUAGUAUUGUGUAUUUCUGUCAUCCGUUGGAUCGGACGGAGUUGGUGCCCGUGCCAAGUAAUGUUGUGGAGGAGUUUAGGAGGGGUAAGAGUAAGGAGGGGGGAGAUGGGGGAGUCAGGGUUGGGUUUGGAGGUGGGGCGGGGAUGUUGGAGGAGGGGAAGAGGGCGUUGACGGCGCAGGAACAUUUGAUGGCCAGGUUGGAUGCUACGUUAAGGUGGUUGCCACCGUCCAAUUCAUACGAGGCCGCUCGUGUAUGCACAGGUUCCAAUGAUGAUGCACAACCCAACUGGCUAAGUCGGACCCGGGCUCAUAGCCCCUGCUCCGGCCCAGCCUCAUCUUCGCAACAACAAGCAAAAGAGGUAAUCACAAUGCCCAAAGAAAUCGCUCCAGAAAGAUUGUGGGGGAGAGCUGGUUCACAAUGCUAG